UGCUUCGCCGCCUUCUCCCUCAUCAGCCCUGCCUGUCUGUCGCUCUGCCCGCUGAGCGCUCCCCACAUAUCAUGGAUCUCAAUGCCACCACUCCCUCUGCCAUCGAUGCGGCGCUGCUGUCGCCUUCCAGCCACAGCCCUGACAUCUUCACCAUCGUGUGCUGCAGCGACGGCUUCCAGCUCCAGCUCGAUUAUGCCACCAUCCAGACCCUGCUCCAAGUCUGCAAACGGGCCAGACCCCUGCUGA